GUAUGGCAGUAGGCUGGUAUUUGCAUAAAACGAAAUGUCAACCGAAGAUUCCUUACUGGAUGGUGAUUAUUGGCUGGCCCGUCGCUCUGGGGGUCGUUGCCAGCCUCAUCUUCAGCAUGGUGGACGGCUACUUCGAGGUGUGGCCCACGGCAUUCUACAUCAGCAUUGGGCAUACAGCGUGGGGCGCAGCGGUGGCGUGGGUGGCGAUAUCUUGCUGCAGCGGGUACGGCGGACUGAUUAACUCGGCGCUAUCGUACCGCGGCCUGCUGCCGCUGAGCAGGCUCACCUACUGCGCCUACCUGAUCCACCCCACCAUCAUGAUGUACUCUUCUUUCCUUCUCGAUGGCCCUUACCACAUGGAAAACUCUUCUGUCCUUGCGAUAUACGCUGGUUACUCCGUAAUGGCAUUCUUAGCUUCCUUCGUCAUAUCGUUGGCAUUCGAAGCUCCUGCAGUAAGAUUACUGAAGAUCUUCAGCGGUGGGACAAGAAGAACGAAAAGCAAUUGAUGUAUUUGGUUACCGAAGUGAAUACAAAAAUACCUGUUUAUUGUAAUUAUAGAUAUAACUUAAUGAUGGAAAUGUCAAUGAAUUUCCAAAUAAACCAAGAAUGAAAUAGCAGAUAGUUACCAAUACCCAUAACUUCUUUAAAUCCCCCUUUAAAGUUGUCAGAUAAAUUCAGUUGUUUUGGAACAGUUCUCGUAUUUAAAUCGAUAGUUGAUAGUUUUCCGUCGAAAGAGUCACGUCGUUGGUUCGCCAACGCCACAACCAUUAGCCCUGGCACUUUAUUUCCGCACACAAAGUGCUACAUACUGUGACAUUUAUGACUUUCAAAGAACUUGUUGACCUGGUUGCUGAGUUUAGUUCGCGUGUGAGAUUAUUACUGUAAAACAUGGUUUAUUGCGCCAUAAGGCUAUUAAAAAAGCACCCUUUCUAAAAAUUAUUAAAUAACUGAUGUCAACCCUGGAAUAAACCUAAUAAAUUAUACAGUUCACAGAAUAUUUACAGUACUUUCUAAAUUAUAAUGCAAUUUUGUUAUAAAACUCACAGCAUAUUUUAACAUAUAAUACAUAUUUACGUUGUACUUCUGUAAUUAACUAAAUAAUUUCUUCAAACUCUGACGAAAUUAAAAAGCACACAAGAGCUUAGAAAACAAUUGUUAGUAUGUCGAUGUUAUUAAGGCAGAAAAUGUGACAGGCACGUACAAAUUUAGUAUACGUAGCCAAGAGCGUCGUCUGUCCCGACUCCCGGAUCACUCCACGCAUUAAUAAUUCCAUGACGAGACCUUUAUUCUCAUCUGCCAGGCUUAUUGGAAACAGAAUUAAAUUUGCUCAACUUUUUGCCUGUGAUACGGUAUUAUGUAAUUAUAAAAGCACAAUUUCGAUCUAGAAUCAUUAUUUUUACUUGCCUUACUUAAUUUAAAGUGGCGAGGGUUUAUUUGUAAUUCAAUAGUGGAUAAUAAUGUACAUAAAUAUAUAAACGACCAAAAAUCUAUAAUUUACAAGUAAAACGCAAUAACUUAUGAAAAAAUAUAUUUAAGUUCAAUAAGUUUACGUAUAUUUUUAAAUCCGUUAGUGCUUUUACUUGAAAAAGCAUAUCGGUUUUCUAUCAGGAGGAUUCCGGGAACGUGAUCACUGUUAUGUAACUUGAAAACUUCAAUAGUACGUGAGCAAGGACCGCCGUCUGUUUGAUGGCAGUUUGCGACGGUAUCAAUGCACACACAAAAAUUAUAGUUGGUAUGCAUGGAUCCAAAUUAUUCCUUUCCAACCAUACUGUCGUAAUUAUUGUUUUAGAGACUGCAUUUGUCACAUAAACAUUAGGCACGUGUCAUGUGCUCUGUGGAUGAAUUUUUGAGAGAAUUUCAGCCUUAUUAUUAUGUGAAUAUAGUGUAUUUCAUGUAUUAAUAAAGAGUUAUUAUACUCCUAAAAUAUAUACUUAAAAUUGUAUUCCUUUGUAUUGUAUAACGAAAACCACGUAAAUAAUUAAAACAGAAUAAGCCAAACCUUUUAAAUUAUACUUGGAAAAUCUAUGAAAUAAAUUAUCUUGAAUAAUGACCUAGCUUUGUAGCGUUCACGAAAUUAUGUAAAGCGAUUGUAAAAAGUAAAAAAUAAUGGAAGCGUUUCCAAUUACCUCUAUGUAAAUUAUGUUUCAUUAGGACUGGUGGUCUGCAAAAACUGUAUUAUCCUCAAAAUGUUUGUUUUUUUAACUAAUAAGGAAUAUCGAUCCAUCAUUGUUAAAAUUGUCUCGCUUUGGUUAAUCAGCGUUUAUCGAUUAUAAAUUAUGUUGUCUACGGUUUUGUAACGAGCAACUCAUGGUUUUGAAGUUUGAAUAUUUUUGAAGUUAUAUUAACUUUUAUAAUUUGUUUUAUUUAUAUUUAUAAUUUAUUUUCGAAGAGCAAAAUUGCUUUGCUUUUUCCUUCUUCGAAAAAUAGCUUGAUUUUGUCCAGACCGAAGAAUCUUCCCACAAUAGACCACGUCUAAUGAAUGCAUGUUCAGCUUUGAUCAUUGGAUCAAAACAUAAAUUGGUAAAGCCUCUGAAAAAUAAUAUGCUUCUGAUCGUUAACAACAUCCGAACGACUGAGAUCUCAAUCUCGGAUUAGGGACCGAACAAACAAGGAAUGAAUUGCCAGGCAAUUUUCAGUUACCCUAAAAAGGCCAUCGAAAUAUAACGAAGUCACGUCGUAAGUAACCUGGCUCACACGGCACGUAUGUAGAAAUCGAUAGAAACGGUCCAUGAAAUUCUUUGCGUUUUUCCGUGAUCAUUGCUGUCAAGCAUGGUAUAAGCUAACUUUAUUCCAGAGUAUUACAGGGCAUCCCUCUCAGCCUGUUUCGAAAUUUAUUAAAAGGCUACUUAAGAAAGGCAUAAUCCAAUUAUUAGAAGCACAGAUGUUGACAAAAGAAUCUCUUAGUCCAAAAGGACUAUAAGACGCAGCAACUGAAUUUUCAAACAUACAGAGACGUACGUAAAUAAAUCUAGGGAUUUAUCGCCCUUUCCCGCUUAUGGAUAACCGCACAUUUUCUACGCCUAAAGUUUUAAACUGGCUGAAAAUUGAAACUAUUUUCGCUUGUGUUUGUGAAUAUUAUUAUUUUUUUAAACGCAGUUUGGUAAUUUUGACCUCCUAUGUGAACAUGUUCGGGCGUUUCGUUCGGUUACCGACUAGGCUCAUUGUUCAAUCCUAGAAAUCUGCACCAAAUGCCAGUGUCGAUGACGUCACAAUGUUCACGAGAAUGCUUUACCGGGAUUUACAAGUGCGUUUCGUUUUACCCAGAAAUACAAGGUAUCUUUAAAAUAUCUGAAUAUCUAUCAUAGUAUGGAAUUAAUAACAAAAAUAAUGGAUUUAAUUGUUUUUGUUAUAAUAGGUUUAUAAUUUGUUUGAAAUAUAAAGAACAACAGAGUCCAUUAUUUUUACAUAUUGAUAAAAAAAAACUUGAAAUUUCUAUCACGUAGGUAUGUGCGGACCUCAUAUUCCUGGUAUUUUUUGUA